GCUUCCUUUAGUGGCGGUGAUGAGGAAAUUUUGAUCCCAGGGUUGCAGCUUCCGCUUGAAGCUGUCGAUUUUCCAUCCUUUUUGUGCGAUUUGGGGUCGUAUCCUGCUGUGUAUGAUAUGGUUGUUGGUCAGUUCUCUAAUGUUGAUGAGGCUGAUUGGAUUCUCUGCAACACAUUUCAUGAGUUGGAACCAGAAGCAAUAGAUUGGAUGUCGAAGCUUUAGCCAUUGAAGACAAUAGGACCAACCAUACCAUCCAUGUACUUGGAUAACAGACUUAAAGAGGACAAAGAUUAUGGUGUCAGUCUCUUCAAGCAAAAUAAUGAUGCCUGCAUGAAAUGGCUCAAUGAACAACCGAAGGUGUCUGUUGUUUAUGUGUCAUUUGGUAGUGGAGCAGAACUUGGAGCUGAGCAAAUGGAGGAACUGGCUUGGGGAUUGAGGAGCAGCAAAAGCAAUUUCUUGUGGGUGGUUAGGGAAUCAGAAGCGGGUAAGAUCCCGAAAGGGUUUGUGGAGGAGACAUCUGAGAACGGUUUGGUAGUCUCUUGGUGUCCCCAACUGGAGGUCUUGGCUCAUGAAGCUGUUGGGUGCUUCAUUACACAUUGUGGUUGGAACUCUACAUUGGAGUCUUUGAGUCUAGGGGUUCCACUGCUGGCAAUGCCACAAUGGACUGACCAAGGCACCAAUGCCAAGUACAUUAUGGAUGUGUGGAAAACUGGACUUAAAGCUUUAGCUGAUGAGAAAGGAAUUGUAAGGAAAGAUGUGGUUGAGCAUUGUAUAAUUGAAAUAAUGGAAGGAGAGACAGGGAAAGAUCGAAGGAAUGCUAUGAAAUGGAAGCAAGUGGCUAGAAAGGCUAUGGAUGAAGGUGGAAGUUCUGACAAAAACAUUGGUGAGUUCAUCGCAAAAGUAGUACAGCAUGUGCAGCCCUAUCAAUAUACUCCUAGUCCAUAAGAAAAUGUUGUGCAAUUAGGUUCCACGAAUUCAUUUUUGUGAUAGAACUAUGGUUUUAUA